CUGCACAAAGAAUAACAACAAUUAGAUGCUGGGGAGAUCAUGGUGGAUGGGUGGAGGCUGGAUAACAGGUGUAUCAGGAUUAGAAAGAAGGAAACAAGACUUUUAGACACAUGAUAAAGUAUGAGUUUCAAGGAAGAAAUUUUCCAAGUGAAAACAGGCUGAGAAUACCCAAGAGCAUAGAAUACGUCAGUGCAGAAGCAAAGACAAAUUAAAGAAGGUAAAGACUUUAAAACACCACACCUGACCUCCAACAUGUCACCUCCUACCUUUAUCAAACCAACAAAAACACCAUCACCCAUCCUAAGAAUGUUACAGCUCUCAUCAAACUGUGCUUAACACCCAGAAUUUUUUGCCUCACCUAAUUUAAUUCUCACAUAAUAUCUCAAAGUAGGUCUUAUUACCCUGGUUAUUUUGUACAUGGAAAUAAGAUGCUUAGAAGAAUUAGUUUAGGAACAAUCACUCCUAGGUAAUAAAUGCUGUCAGUAAUACGCAUUUCCUUUAAGCACCCAAUCUCUCUAUCCGCUCUAUCUGAUGAUAUUCCUUCUCCCAGAAUUGCCUCUGCUUAUUAGACAUGCUCCUACUUUCUCAGUUAUCCCAUCACAUCUACAAAAAGAUAUGCUGCUACUAUUCAAGAGUGAAACCUAUCUUCAGCAUAAUCAGAAAUCCCAGCUUUUAACUACAUCAUUGUCAAUAUGUGUACCUGUGCCUAGCAAGAGUGCUAUUACAGGAAAGAGACUAAGAUGUACUUCAGGACUAUCUGUUAAUUUAUUACCCUUUUAAAAUUUAAGGAAGUGUUAUUUAACUAUUCUAAUGUGUGUAGUUGUUUGUUUUACCUCAUCCUAGAAAACACCAUCACCAUCUAAUUAUUCACUUAAUUCAUUAUGAAAUCACAAACACCAAAUUUGAACCAAAGGAGACCAUGAGUAAUUGUAAAUUGAGAAGUCAAUUUUACUUAAGUUGAAUUUAUACUAGUAGAUACAGGGAUCACUCAGAAUGGGUUUAAAAGUUGGCAUGGACUCAAAGCAUAACUGGCAACUAAAAUUUAUGUAAAUAUGGAUGUUAUUCAGUCUCUUGAGUUUGACAAGUUUAAUUAAUAUAACUAAUCAAACAUAAUUUUAGAAGCACUCAGAAUAAAUCUAUAAGUUUCAAGAAUUGUAUUUGGCAGUUGUGGAAUGUUAAGUGUCAGUUUUUACUAUGCUUAUGAAAAGCCAAUUGGCAGAAAAUAUUUGGCUUACAAAUUCAUACAAUUUAAACAUUGGGUAGAUGCUCCAUCAAGCUUCUUCAGACUCAACAAUACAUGUAACCGAGUUUAUAAUUAAGGACUAAACUUGGUUGCGAAAGGCUUGCUUUUUCUGAAGAAUCUUAACGUGUACAUGAUUGCUACAAUGAAAGAAUAUAUAUUUUAUCUAUAUAUUUCUAUUUAAUUCAAUUUUUGUCACUCUGUUCCCUUUAUCUUCUUCCUGUGGAGCAUCUUGUGAUAUUCAGCUGACACUGAUGGAGAACAGGACAGAAGUGGCACAGUUCAUCCUUCUAGGACUAACCAAUGACCCAAAACUGCAGGUUCCCCUCUUUGUUAUGUUCUUCCUAAUCUAUACCAUCACUCUGGUUGGAAACCUGGGAAUAAUUGUGUUAAUUCUCUGGGACUGUCGUCUCCACACUCCCAUGUACUUUUUCCUUGGUCACCUGUCUCUGGUGGACUUUUGCUACUCUUCAGCUGUCACUCCCACUGUCAUGGCUGAAUUCCUUAUGAGCAACAAUGUCAUCUCCUACGGUUCCUGUGUUGUUCAGAUGUUCUUUUUUGCAGCCUUUGCUACUGUAGAAAAUUUCCUUUUGGCAUCUAUGGCUUAUGACCGCUAUGUAGCAGUAUGCAAACCCCUACAUUACACUGCCACCAUGACGACAAGUGUGUGUGCUCGUCUCAUCACAGGUUCCUAUAUCUAUAGUUUCCUGAAUUCUUCCAUACAUGUUAGGAAUACAUUCAGCCUCUCUUUCUGUAAAUCCAAUGUGGUCCACCACUUUUUCUGUGACCUUCCAGCAGUUAUGGCUCUUUCUUGUUCCAAUAGGCGUGUUAGUGAACUGAUUCUUCUUUAUGUUGUGAGCUUCAAUGUCUUUUUUGCCCUCCUGGUUAUCUUGAUUUCAUACAUUUUCAUUUUUAUCACCAUUCUUAAGAUGCACUCCUCUGAAGGACGUCAGAAGGCCUUUUCCACCUGUGCUUCCCACCUCACUGCAGUCUCCAUCUUCUAUGGGACGGUCAUCUUUAUGUACCUACAGCCCAGCUCCAGCCACUCCAUGGACAUUGACAAAAUAGCAUCUGUGUUCUACACUAUGAUUAUUCCCAUGCUGAACCCGAUAGUGUAUAGCUUGAGGAACAAGGAAGUCAAGAGAGCAUUUAUAAAGGUUAUUUUAGGGGCAAAGUUGUCGUUAGGAUUGUGAUUUUAAUGUAGGAUGCACAAUGCCUGGAUUCAUUCUUCUCAGAUCUUCUCUGUGUACUGUAGAAUUAUGUUUUAAGGCCCAAUACUGACAUUCAGUUACUGAGAUGACAUCCUUACCUCUGUGAAAGUCUGUUGUCUAUAAACAAAGGAAAUAUUUUGUUCAUAAAUGUCAUAUGUCAAUGUGAAUGGCUAAGAUAUUUUGAGAUCUGCUUGUCACAGUCCUUAAUAAUGAUAAUGAUAUGUCUUCCUGGUUCAAUUUAGGUAGGUUGCAUGUGUCCAGGAAUCUAUCCAUUUCUGAUAGAUUUCCCUGUUUGCUGGCAUACAACUCCUUGUAGUAAUUUCUGAUGAUUCUUUUUAUUUCUGUGGUGUCUGUUGUUACGUUUCCUUUUUCAUCUCUGAUUUUAUUGAUUUGGGUCUCUUCUUUUUUUUGUUAGUUGGGCCUGUGGGGUGUCAAUUUUGUUUAUUUUUUCAAAAAACCAGCUUCUCGUUUUGCUGAUUUUUUGUAAUUUUUUUUUGAUUCAAUCUUGUUGAUUUCUUCUCUGAUUUUAAUUAUUUCUCUUUUUCUACUAGUUUUGGGUCUAGUUUGCUGAAGUUUUUCUAGAUCCUUGAGAUGCAUUGAAAGCUCAUUUAUUUGGUGCCUUUCCAAUGUCUUAAUGCAGGCACCUAUUGCUAUAAACUUUCCUCUUAACCCUGCUUUUUCUGUAUUCCAAAAAAUGGAUAAAUCUUCCAUGCUCAUGGAUUGGAAGAAUCAAUAUCAUCAAAAUGUCCAUUCUCCCAAAAGCAAUUUAUAGAUUAAAUGCGAUACCGAUCAAAAUGCCAAAGACAUUCUUCACAG